GCCCACAAAAUAAAAUCCCAAUUUUAAUUUUUUCAUUUCCUGGGGAAAUAGUGUCAAUUUAUUCAAAAAUGGCAAGCAUGGCGGGCUUAGGAGAGCUUAGUACAGGUGCCCUAGCCUCUUGUGGUCGAGUUGAAGCAUAUUCUGAUGCCAUUUUUUCCAUUGUUGCCACUAUAAUGAUAUUGCCGAUCGCUCACAGUGAAAUUGAAGAAGAUGCGGAUCUCCGUGAAUCAUUAGUGAACAUGAUUCCAAAGUUGUUUGUCUACUUCGUUUCCUUCCUUCUCAUCUGCUCGCUCUGGGCAUCACAUUGUUGGUUAUUUGAGACGAUAGAAAAAACAGAUGAAGUUAUUCUCAUGCUGAAUCUGGGCCUAAUGAUGGUAGUCACAUUUCUUCCGUAUACAUUCACGCUGCUCGGUGACUUCGCUCAGGACCCACUGGCAAUUAUACUCUUCUGUUGUGCUGUGGUUUUAGUACAACUAUUACAGGUCUUCUUCAUCUUUUAUGCCUUCAGAACUCCAAAUAUUCUUCACGUCGAGGUCCGAAUAAGUGAAGACAAAACACGACGACGAAAUGUCAUGUAUUUCACGGCUGUUGUACCGAUGGUCCUUUGCUUGUUGGCGAUGAUUCUUGCCAGUUUCAGCCCCUUGGCGGCUGAUUUAUGUCUCUUGGUUCUCGCGUUCUCAACUCUAAUCAAGAAGGGGAUACUCAUGAUCUACAGACGGCAACGAGCUCAUUUCAUGCGAGAGAACAGUGAAGAGAACCCUGUCCCAAUGAGCGCUAUCCGCCCAAGCUUCCGAGUCUUGUUAGAGGACAGUAUUCCAAAGGAGAGAAUCAUAGCAUUCAGCGAUGGUGUUUUUGCUAUAGUAGCAACUCUAAUCAUUCUGGAUAUCAGUGAAGGGAGCCUUCCAAGUCCAGAUGACGUCGUGAAGUUUGGCAGUCUCGCCCUGGCGCUGGCGCAACACGACCAGAUAUUCCUCGCGUACGGUGCCACGUUUGUGACGGUCGGGAUGCUGUGGUUCGUUCAUCACUCGCUACUAGAGCACAUAACAGAUAUGAACAAGUUGAUGGGUUUCUUCAAUACGUUGUGUCUUGGGUGUAUCGGGCUGUCACCGCUUGGAUUCAAACUGACCAGUUUAUUUGAACUCCAUGAACAUUACUACAAUGAGAUGGUAGCCAUGCACUUGUCCUGCGCAAUCAUCUUUCUGGCUGGGAUACUGCAGUGUGCCAUAUGGGUCACUGGUCUAUGCACUCCGCAAAGACAUGUGACCACGGAUGGGAAUUUUGGUGGGAAGUCCCAUGCCUAUCUCACUGCUAAACUGAUGCUAUACCCUGUGAUGAGUUUGUUUGUCUACUUCUUGAGUUUUGCGUCAUUCGGGUUGACGUUACAGGCCCUAAAUGGAAUGCAGAUCGGUGCACCCUUGGUCUUUCUUGUCGUCUACCUUGGCUUUAGAAAAAUUCCACGCCAAACCUCAAGGGCAAACCACGGAGAUCUGCAUGGCCCAAAUCUCCCCUCUUUGAGCUGGUUAUCGGAGUCGCAUGGACUUCAUGAAAGAACUACGCCAUCGCCAUCUUCAGGGCAAGAAAUAUUUCAAUAGAGGGCCCUACCAGCUGCAUGUGAAUGAACUCUACGCACAUCAACAGGAAGACGAGACGAACAACACGGCUCCGGGGCUUCCAGUUUACAUAGGGGACUAGAGGUGGCGCUCUGAAGCCAGUUGUUGGAUUCCAACUCUUCCAGUCGUUUCUGCUGUGAUUUCGAUCAAAUCGUUUGUGUUUAUCAUUUACAGCUGUCGUCAGAUGUUAGUGUGAAAGUCUUCAGUAGAGAUCCCUCUCAAUGUGUGUCAGCUUUUGGUCAUGUUUAUGUGUGUGUAAAAUAUUUGUCGGCAGGGCCUUUCUGAAAAUACCUUUCGUCACAAUGCAAACUUGCAAUUUAAAUUGCGGCAUCCUAUGAUUAUAAUCACUGCUCGUCUUGGGGUGAAAUCUGUAUUCACUGAGUUUAGUAAUAGUAUGGACGACCUGCAGUCACCAAUUUUCAUCGCAGGUACCACCGCAAACAAGCAACUAUUGACAUAUGCAAUUUAUAUUGCAGGAUGAGGUAAGGGGAGUAAAAAUAACUGGGUUUACUGUUAAUUGAUAAGUUUAUUCACUUUGCAAUGGAUGCUCAUUAAAGGAGAUUUUUUUUAAUUUUGUAAAAUUUAUGUUGCAGCGGGUCACAAUAUUAUGAUACUACUUAACUGUGGAGAGAAAGGGAGACACGCUGUAAGGUCUUGUCACAUUACAUGUACAGUAGAACCUCUCUAUUAAGGACACCCUCAUGACCGACUAGUACUGAACUUGAUAGAGAAGUGUCCUGAUUAGAGAGGCGAAUUUGAAUGGAAACAACCAAUUUUUGACCAAAACUAGUGACCUUAAUAGAGAGGGUGUAUGUUCUUGUGAGAGGGGUGUCUGCUAAGGGUGGUCUUUUGGAUAAGUUUUAAGGCCCAGUACUUACAAGUAUAUACAAUGUAAAUAUUUGGUAUCAUUCCGAAAACUUUUUUUCCGGGUUAAACAUUUCUAGGUUUCCUUGGAGUGUCAUUGUAGGCUGGGCAAAAUUGCUAUAGUCCCCCUUUAAGCCUUUAGAUCCAACAGCUGAAUAUAUGUUGAAAUUUCAUGCAGUGUAAUCUGCAGGUGCUAAAUCGUGCUUCAAAUAUAACUAUAUAGACUGUA